CAAAACUAAUUGUGAACGUUUUUCACAUUUAAAUUGCUUUGGGUUGAAUCCAUUUGCACAUCAGGUCAUGUCAAUAUUUCGGUGUUUCUGAGCUCCUGAUCAUUUCACCUGAGGUUCAGAGGUAAGUGACCUAUUUCACCCCGAAGUUGUUUCACGUACACCGCGAAUUAGCUCGAAUUCGAUUAGCCUCACAGUUAUCGAGAACGGAUUACAUUGUCUGAUUUGUUUACAGACGGCCUGAAACGCAUCGUGGUUUUACUGAGUAGGUUAUUUGCAAAGAAAAACUAAUGGAAAUCUUCAUUAACGUUAAAAGUCAGUUUCUGUUUUGGGAAAUUCUUCUCAUGGAAAUGUAUCUUUCUCUGUGACGUAAACGCAAUUACCUGUCAUCUGGAGAGCCGUCUCGUCAUAUCAAGUGUUAUAUAACGCAUCAACUGCGCUAGAAAAUAUAAAUUGCUUUUCACUUCAUCCCGUUAAUGUGAAUGCAGCUGAUAACUUAUCCGCCCCAAGUUGCAGCGCACGUGAAUUGAAUCUCAACAACAACAACUGAGCGGAAGGUGCAAAAAUGACUCCAAACUCGACUCUUUACAACAUGACGGUAAACACGACUAGCCUUCCACCAAAUACUACUCCAGCGGCGACGCCGGACAAGCCAGAGGUGCUCUCUCAACUUUAUGUCACUCUCACGACACUCUUCUUCUCGUCUCUCAUCGUCGUUGGUUUGACAGGGAACAGUCUGGUCGUGGCGACUCUCUCUCGCUGGCGAGAGAUGAGGACACCUUGCAACCUACUUAUCGCUAAUAUCUGCGCUGCUGAUUUGGGAGUCUGCCUGCUCGCGGCGCCAUUGAGAAUCAUCGAGAUCUACCGCGGCUGGCUUUUCGGCGAUGUACUGUGUUAUAUCUUAGCUCCACUUCAAGAUGUCUUCGUUGUCGUGUCCGUUGUCACACAGACUGUAAUUGCCCUGGAGAGGCAUCGAGCUAUAGUGGCACCAUUCAAACCGAAAAUGACCCUCCACCGCGUCAAGAUGGUGAUGCCGGGCAUCUGGGUUGCCUGCUAUGUGACAAGUGGUGUUCCGAUGCUAAUCUUUCUCAAGAACAAAUUGUUCCCCAAUGGGUAUUUCUUUUGUUUUCCAUUUUUCCCCAGUGAAGUUUAUAAAAUCGCUUAUGAGAUGUACCUCGUGGUUUUGUUCAUUACUCUGCCUCUGGUUCUCCAAAGCGCUGCUUACUUCGAUGUCAUCCGCGUGCUCAGAGCUAAAAACGAGAUGCACUCGAGGUCCUACCAGCCGAACACUUUCAUGAAGAAAACUCUCAGCGACAGGGCCAGACAGAAGAAACGGCUGGUCAGAAUGCUGAUAGUUUUAAUGCUGGCUUUCCAAGUUUGUUAUCUACCUCGUGGAGUCAUCCUGUUGAUCCAGGAAUUCUCUCCCGAAACGACAGCCAAGCCAGACUUUCUGUACGUGGAACUGAUAACGUUAGCGAUGUACUACCUCAAACACGUAAUUAACCCGAUCAUAUUAUCAGCUAUGAGUAACGAUUUUCGGUCAGGCUGUUUGAGUGUUUGUGCCGCAGAUGACUCACAUUUAGCGUUCACCCGGGGAAAUCGUUAUUCGACAGGUCACCGCUGCAACACGAGGGAAAGAAGACUUCAAAGAAAUACUACUAGUAGUUCAGAACAAGUGCAAGUUUAGUACUUCUCCGUUUCAAAAUGAUAACCUUAGAUCGACUUGGAAACGUCCUCCGUUUUGGGGAAAAGGCUACUUUGUUUUAGUUGGUUUCAAUUCUUUUGGGAAAAUGUUAUUGAGGAAAUUCUCUAAUGUCUAAAAAUCACUGGAGAGUUGCGAAAAAUAUAAUUCAAAAUUUGGUUAAAUAUGUAAAAAGUACGACCGACCACUGAGUUGUUUUGAUUACUUGACGAAUUAAGCUUUUAAUGAAAAGCGUUUGUGAAGAGGGAAGACUCACGCCAUGAACUAGUUGAGCCGAAAAUGUUGAUCAUAACACAAAAGUAUCGUGUGACUGGAAAAUCAUAACGUGAUUUUAAAUUUUGCCCUACAGCAAGGUCGAGGAAUCGAAAGAGAUUCAUUUACAUAUUACUUGUUUUCAGUAUAUCGGGUUGAUGUGCUUGAAAAAAUAAAAGUAGAGAAAAUUUGCAUUUAUAUAAUUACCGCAUGAAAAAAUUAAAAAAUAACCUGCUUUUUGGAAUGGUUGGCGAUAAGGGAAAGAAAGCUUUUUAGUAAAGUAAAUAACAGGGAUUUAAUCUCUCAGCAAUGCGUCUGUUCUGAGAAAAAGGAAAGAACUGAUUAGAUAUCAAGAUAAACCGGGUAGUUUUAAUGUUGAGCAAUGCCCUUGUAAAGAUUGUAUCAAUAAUUAAAUAAAAAACAUUUUUAGAAAAUAAAGCAUUGAUCUUUGAAAUCAGAAAUAGUUAAAAUCUUUUGAGCUUUUAUUUAAUUUGACUGGGAAUCAGGUAAUACUUAAAUACCUCCCAAGCACAUUAAAGGAUUGCCCCUUAUCGCUUUGGAGCCUUGGUUAGAAAGGAUAAAGAAUUUAGCCGCGACCAGUACAAUGGAAGAAAAUUCAAUCGAACAUCAAGGAUAGAAUUAGACUCUUAUUUCAGAUUAAAAUUCAGCGAGGGCAGAAAGCGAAGCAGAAAUGAAAACUCUUGAAAUAAUUAAAUUAAAUAAAUGGUGCACUGGUCAACUACGAUAGUGAAAAUAAACAAACAUUAAGAUCACAACCUGAUCGACAGAUUUGGUACUAAAUCCGAGAGAAUGAAUUUCCUCUUUCGCAAUUUUUAAUUCCUUUGUUAAACCGGAAAACUUAACUUCAUCGAGAACGUAGUCGUCCAAGUUUGUUACCAGGCGAGCCAGAACUCCGGCGAUUUAAUUAACUUUUUAAAAUUUGUUAACACUAUUUUUACCCUGGGGAAGUCAUUCAUCAUUAUCUAACCACACUUUCAACUGAACAUUUCCCAUUUAUCUUUUUUAAAAGGUAAAUGCGAAAAGAAGAUAAAUACAAAAAACUUCACGAGUAUUAGAAUACGAACGGAGAAACAAUCAAACACUGUUUCAUGUUUAAAAACAGGUUUAUAACAUUCAAUUUUGUUUUGGCUUAGCUGUUGUUUUCACCGUGUUGAAAUAAAGCUACAGUAGGGAUGUCUAGACCAUCGUCUCGUGGUAUUUAAAAUUAUCUACACCCGCAGAAAUGAAAAUAAAUGGUAAUCAAGCGACGCUUGUCUGCAGUUUAAUGCCUUACAUGCCAAGUUUUGCACUAACAUCGUAACAAGUCCAUUUUUAACUCGUAUUUUUUUAAACAAUGAUUCAAAACCCCCUUUUUUAUCAAGAUUGUUGCCGCUUAGGAUUAAUCUUCUUUUUUUUCUCCUUUUGAGCCGUAAAACCUACGGAAAAGAUCAUCAAUAAGUAAAUAAAUUAAAAGUCUAAGAAUUUCUUCAAGGUUGACCGUUUGUGCCAUUCAAGUUGUUCAUAUAUGUUUUGGAAUAGAAAUUGUUUAUUAUUUUAUUAUUGAUUUUAAGCCUCAUAGACUGACUUUAUGCAUUGAUAUACUUCGUUGAUUGACGACUUACUCUAAAGGUAACAAUAAUGUUCAUAAAAAAUUAAAUAAGUCAGAAAAGUGAUAAAAAAUCUGCGGCCUAAUGCCGAAUAUGAAAGGAAUGCCUUUGACAGCCCCUUCAGUGAAAACGUCCGUUACUCAAAAUUUAGUUCACAAAAAUUGACAACAACCAUGACAACAUAUUCGCUAUUGAGGCUGGAUGCAAAAAGCUUCUAAAUCCUUCAUUCUAAAACCGAUGGUUUUUUAAUCUGGGCGAUAAUUAGUCUUAUUAUAUGGCUAGCUCCGUGAGCGGGCAAGAUGAAUUAAAUCCUGCGCUGUGAUUGGCUACCCGAGCGGGCAGAUGGAGCUAUCAUGCCCGCUUGGGACUAUCCGCCGUGUCCCGCAAGAAAAAUUUCCCCGAAAGCCGUAUAAUAAAUCCUUUAUUGACCAAGCUUGUUCAGUCAAG